AUGUGGAUACAAUUAUUUGCGUUUAUUCUUAUAUUAAAAAAGGUGUUGUGUGAUGAUGACGAUGAUGAAAAAACACAAAAGACACUUAUAGUUGAGACAACAACUCAGCUAGUUUACGUACACACUGAUAUACCGGCAAGCGAUGUGGAUGCGGCUCUGAACUUAGACUUUGGGAAUUACACUACCAUGCGCUUUAACUAUAUCAACAGUCAAUUUGACAAUUUGUAUGCGGAAGAGCGUUGUUACGAUGAUUAUAUGAAAUGCUUAUUGACGCAAGUAGCACCGAUGCCGGUAUGCGCCUACAAUAAUAUUCGUGACGUUGAUGGCUUCCUAACAGCCACUACAUAUUGCGAUGUACACUUUGACAACUGUAGAAGGACCGUGCGUUUUUGGCGUAUUCUGGACUACGGGACAUGUGAACAACUGAAACAGCGCGCUGUAUAUCCUAAACACAUAAAGCUCGGUAUCCCUGAGACUUUAAGAGAAUCUUUAGCUAAGACUAAACACUUCUCGGUCCUGCCCUCUCCGCAUUUGGACUAUAGACAUUCUAGAAAGUUCCAAACACUUAUGGCUAGACGUCAAUUACAAAACAAUGAUAAAAAUAUUUAUUAA